GUUUACUUUCUGAUCUGUGGUAUAUUUGACAAUGUAUACGGGGUAAAAUGCCAUAAAAAUGGGAAGGUGAUAAACAACCGUCUGCUUGCAUUUUCGUAAAAAAGAGACGAAAACAGCAUAAUUUUAUGAAUUCUAAAAGCGAAAUGGUUUCGGACGGUAAUUUGUCUCUCGAUCAUGCAGCGGGCACUCGCGUUGAAAUUGGAGGCUAUUUUGGAACGAUACGAUACGUCGGCUCCCUGGAAGGUCAGACCGGUGUAUGGUAUGGUAUCGAAUGGGAUGAUCCAGAUAGAGGAAAACACGGGGGCUCUGUCAAUGGGAUUCAGUAUUUUAGAACAGGUCAUCCACAAUCCGGUUCCUUUGUUAGAAAAGAGAAAAUCAAUUUUGGUAAGUCUUUAAUUGAAGCGAUAGUAACGAGAUAUGGUGGGCAAGAGUCUGAUAUUUCAAAAAGAAUUAAGGCGCAGCAGAUUGUCAGUUUGCAAAAGUCAAUUAAAGCCCCGUUUAUAGAAUUCGUAGGAUUCGAUAAAGUCAGCACAAAACAGAGCAAUUUUGAGUCUUUAACGGUUGUUAGUGCUCGCCUACAAAGUGUGAGCUCUAUAGGGGAGUCAUAUGAACUAGGAACCUUAUGUCCAAACAUUAGAGAAAUAGACCUGUCAAAAAAUCUGUUAACCUCUUGGGGCGAUAUUUUCAAUAUAUGCGCGCAGCUCCGACAUCUUUAUUGGAUAAAUGUUAGUGAAAACAUUUUAACCUUCCCCAACAUAUGCAAUAACAUAUUUCCGAACAUAGCUGUAUUUAUUUGUGGUCAUAUGUAUCUGACAUGGAAUGACAUUAAAGCUCUGUCAAAAAUAUUUCCCAAUAUUAGUGAACUUAGAGCUCCAAGCAAUAAUAUAAAUGAUUUGUCUACCCCCGAAGACAAUAACUUUAAAAAUUUGGAGAUUUUGGAUUUGGAGGGCAAUAAAAUCCCCCGCUGGAGUGAGGUUGUGAAGUUGUCGGCUGUAGAGAGUUUGCAGCAGUUGUCUUUGAGUGAAAUAGGCUUGGAAGCUAUUGAUUUUGAAAGCGAGACAAUUAGUUAUUUCAAAAACCUACGGAAGUUAUGUAUUAGCAACAAUAACAUCCCAGAUUGGAAAUCCGUGAGCGAGCUUAAUAAAAUCCCCAAUCUUGAAGAAAUUAAGUUUCUAAAUAACCCGGUUUUAAGUAAUAAAAAUCCGAUCUCUUGCGAGCAAGAAAUCAUUGCCCGGAUAAAAACUUUAAAAAUAUGCAAUGGGAGGAGAAUUACUCCAGACGAUCGCAGAGGGGCCGAGUAUGAUUAUCAGAAAAAAUAUGGGUUGGAGUGGCUAAAAGUUAAAAACACACCCGAAAGGAAUAGAUUUUUAUUGGAACACAAUCGAUACCUUGAGCUUAUCGAAAGUUAUGGAGAAUUACAAGUAUCGGAAUUAAAGGACGGACAUCAUUCGAAAAACGCGUUGAUCACCUUAACUUUCAAAUUUGAAGAUCAAACAAUUGCGAAAAAAGUGUCGCCCACGAUGCAAGUGCAAAAAUUGAAAAUAUUGGUACAGAAAAUUUUCAAGUUACCUGAAAGGCCUCAUUUAAUCAUAGCUGAUAAAGACGAUAAUAUAGAAAUCUGCUUGGAGGAAGAUAUUAAAGAAAUCGAUUAUUACUCAGUUCAAGAUGGUGAUCUCAUUAUCGUGAAGCUUUCCAAUUAAUGAACUGUGUAUGAGGGAAACUUAUUUGUGAUACGAACUGUACUUUAUUUGAAUAAAAUAUUUUUUAGA